AUGCUAAGUACCAAAAAUAUCUCUGUUCUUUCUUUUCAUUACAGCGAAUAUCGUCAAUUCGACCUGAGAAUCCGACAAGACCAUCUGAGGGACCCAAGAAUAAACGUGUGUGAUCAGGCAUCUACAUCCAUAGGCUUGCUUACGGGUGCAAAACAACGUGCUACCAAGUGUCCAAGUACGGGGUGGCAACCUCUCAACUUUGAACAGCAGGCCAAAUUCGAUCUAAGCAAAGGGUUAUCUCAGAGGGCGCCGUUAUUAUCUGCCAUACCCCGACCACAACAGUAUCAGAUCCCUCAAGGAACCAAUCGUGACAUUCCAGCAAGUGACAGCACCACACGCACUUCCACCGGCGUCACACAAUUCAGUGUCAGUUUUGAAGGGAUUUCUGAGUCUGGUCCUAUGGGGACACGACUUAGUCCGGUGGGCAGCAGUUGUUGGUCUUCUGAACAGCAUAUAUCCCAAGAUUCCUCUUCACUAAUUAGUGGCAGUACUAAUUCGGUUUCCGCUGGGCGUUCCAUGAGUUCUGGCAAACAGCAAACCGUUCAGGGCCAUGCACCUAACCCAUUGCAGAGACAACCCUCUUCAGGAACAGCUGGAUCCGGGGGUAAUUAUUCUCUGGACACACAUCACUUGCAGUCGGCAUCCCAUUCGGUCCGUUCUGCGCCUCUCUGUCUUGGAAGCCCAAUCCAAACAAGAUACUUCCGUCAGCUCACGCUGGACACACAGCCGAACCCGCAACAAGGAGGGCCGACGCCACCGUCGCUGGUGGUUAGUGACCCAGAAGAAGAGCAACACAGACGGACGCUUCAGAUAUACGUGUUCGCGGUUCGGUGUGUUGCUUACCCCAUUUUGUCUCCUAUAACCCAAGGCCCAACCAGACGGUAUUUACGGGUAAACAAAGAUUAUUUACUCACACUAAAAGAGCGCUUCCAAGGCCUUCCAAAAAUCCAUAAACCAGAUGUCCCGGUGAGACCGAUAGUAGACGGGAUAGGUUCCCCACCGCAUGAACUGGCCAGAUUCUUGGCCGGUAUUUUAAAGCCCCUCACCGAGCAAUCUAGUGCUUACAUUAAGUAUUCAUAUGACUUCGCCAACAAAGUAACGGGUGUCACUGUUGAACCAGAUGACAUCCUUGUAAGUUUCGAUGUGAAUUCGUUAUAUACAAAUGUGCCAAAAGGGGAUUCUUUAGAAAUAGCCAAGCGAUUGCUAUUAGCGGACACCACCCUUUCAGAACGGACACAGCUUACGGUAGAUGAAAUAGUGGAAGGCAUAAAAGCAUGUCUGAAUCUCACCCACUUCGUCUUUGAUUCAGUGGUUUAUACUCAAGAACAGGGUCUAUCAAUGGGAUCUCUAAUAUCCCCGGUUUUGGCAAACAUAUUUAUGGAAGAAUUUGAACAGAGAGCUUUAGCCGGAUUCCCAUACCCACCAAGGAUAUUCUGGCGUUAUGUAGAUGACACUUUUGUCGUGAUGAAACGGGAUAAGUUUAGUGAGUUUUACAACUAUCUCAAUGAACUGAGCCCAGAAAUCAAAUUAAUGUACGAGAAGCCCAUCGACACUGGGGGAGUUUUGAACUACUUGUCUGCCCAUCCGAAGUCGGUUUUCGCCAGUAUUGCCUCAUCAAUGUUAAGGCGUGUAAGGGCCCUGUGCAUAGAAGAAGCUGAUCAGACGGUGGCCCAAAUUGAGUUUCAGAAUCAGCAACUGAUCGAAGGUUUGUCCCGAGAGAACGUAAUCAGUGCAUGGAAGAUCAAAUUUGAUCAAAUUUGUCGAGGUGGUGAGCGACCGUGCCCUGUUGCCAUGAAACUAGCCGUUCCCCAACCAGAAGUGGUCUCUCCGACGAAAGAACAGCUCUAUGAGCUGUUAAUGCGAACACUAUCCGUUGAAAAGUACGAACAUCAGGUUCUAUUCAACGCAUGCCAGCUGGACAAUGCUGAUGAGCAAGCUGCUCAGAUUCGUCGAGAAUUAUCCGAAAGGCUUUCACUCAUUGAAAAGAUGGCUAGAGAGCGGUCAUAUCCAAAGUUGGUACAUAAGGAAAUGGAAUCGCAAUAUAUCGACGAGGAACGACUGAGGGUCAACGAGCUAAUUCGUCGAGUAGACGCCAUUCCCGUGAUAAAAAGCUAUGCUGGAGCUUCCGGACAAGUUCAGCGCCGGUUUCGCAAAAAAACCAUCCGUGGUAUGCUUUCCAAGUUUGAUGACAGCAGAGUGAGUAAAAGCGAAAUAGAGUUAAACGCUGAGGCUGAUCUGUGGUCUAAACAGUACGGCAUCGAGUCAGCGUCUGUGAGAGGGGCGUUCGGGUCAAGUUCUGCUAUUUCCGAGCAAAUCAUGCCCACCAAAGAAUUAAUUGCUGGUACACUCCACGGACAUGGGAUUAGUCGAGAGGCGAUUCGAAUGAACUUUUCGCUUGAUAUACUGAUUCACCAACUUCGAAACGUACGAAACAUGGCGAACAAAAGGCUUUAUUGCACCGUUGAACUAGACGGAACGGCCGACAAAAAACGGACCGAAACAGUUGAAGCAAGAUCUCCCGUAUGGGACACAACCGCUGAAUUUCAGACUUUCCAGCCGCUCCCACUUGCCAAGGUGCGGUUGCAUAAAGAAUGCUCCGGACCUCUGUCCCUUGAAGACAAGGAAAUCGGAAAAAUAGUCCUCUACCCUUGUUGGACCAGUCCACGUGUUCCCACUUGGUUUCGACUUCUGCCGACAAAACACUGUCAUGAUAUACUCGAAUUACAAAUCUCUGUAACAAUGCGAAGGCCAACCAACUGCAAGUAUGCGAACCACUGCUGGAUACAGGGUAGGACAACGUUCAAGAAGUGGAAGCGAAGAUAUAUUUGUCUAAUACAGGUUUCUCAAUACACAUUUGUUCUUGCGGCCUAUGGGGAACAAAAGUCUCAUCCUACAGAAUUCAUGGCCCUUGAUGGUUUCACUGUUGACUACUGUGAAAGCCGUCCUGAGUUGACGCUUGCCAAUUCGGCUUCACGGACCAAACCAGAUCACAAUGUGUCUUCCUCCUCACUGAACUCCCUUUCGAAACUUCGCUUAUUAAGCAGUAUCGUUCGACCUAGUAGUCAACAGCACAAUGAAGAUUCAUCGAGCAUGUCUCGGCCGGAAGCAGACGGAGUUGCUUCCUUCUUCUUUAAGUUAGUCAGAGAGGGUGAUUCUGUCAUUGUCGCUACAUCCACUGAGGUCGAUCGACAAAGUUGGGUACAAGCUAUCUAUAGAGCGACGGGUCAAACGCACAAGCCAUCUAUGCCAGGUCACCCCGCCAGCAGCUUGUCUACUAGGACCCCUGUUCGUGAAUUUGAGGGUUCACGCCAUAGUGGAAUUGAGGAACUGGCAACCACACCUGUUUACAGUGUUGACCAUUUCGACUUUUUUUGCGAACUACAAGCGCAGAGCCUGAACCAACGACUUCAAGUGAGUGGUUAUCCCGGUAUUUUUUAUUCUGGCAAUUUCCGAAAGGACUCGUUUGUUUCGCUUGGGUGGCCCAGCCCCGGUCAAAAAAUGUUACUCGAAGAGUAUUGCGCACGUUACGGGAUUCGCGAAUGCCAACGUCAUUUGGCCUUCCUGAAAAACCUCCUUGACAAAGCAGAGCAUGGAGUACAAAUUGAUCCGGAUUUGUUCCAUCUGAGCUAUUCCCUUUGUGCCAAUCACGUAACCGGGAAGACGCAGCACGCGCAAGCCGUUCACACUGUCCUGGCAGUAGAACGUGAACAAUUCCAGUACAUUAAGCAACGUUUAACAACUCUGUUAGAAAAACAAAUCACUGAAUUCCGAUACUGUUUUCCGUUUGGACGACCAGAGGGUGCGCUCGAAAAAACAAUCAGUUUGCUUGAAAGGGUGCUCACCAAGGAAACUGGAGAGCCUGCCUCCGCUGAUCUAGUCAGAAAUACAAUUAAAACCUGUCUUCGAAACGCUGCUGUUUUGAACUACGAGAGGAUUUCCGAAUAUGCAACAAUCGAGGCUGUGUCUGGCUUUCGCAUUCAAGACGGUCACCACCUGCAACUAGAAUGUAAAUCCCUGUUUGUUUCGCUUUCUUCUUCAUUUCUACCAGGUGUGGAUGCCGCCAACAAAAGAAUGUAUGAGAUGAUCCAUCUGGCCGAACUGUGCAUAGAAGUACUCAAGCAAAAUGAGGAGCAUCAUGCUGAGGUCAGUAAUUGCCUUCGUGAUCUCAGAAAGAUUUCAUUCUCCUGGUUUAGUGACCUGUUUGUCGCACAUGCGGAGAACUUUUGGUCACUGUUUCAAAUGGAUCUAUUUGACUUUCUCGAUCAGCUUCCAGACUAUCGCUGGGAAAUCUUCGAACUCUUCCAGUUACUGAAUGAUUAUUUGUUGAAUGACACCAAUCUGUGCAACGGCCACUUUCACCAAAACUUAGCUAAUCGCUUCGCGCCUCUAGUGGAUAGCUACAUCGAGCUGAUGGCCGAAAUGACUGAACAAGCUCUGAUCACGGGCUAUCAGAAUGAACGCUGGCUACCUUCCAUCACUGUAGUCGCGGGCGCUGGUCGUAUGGAAGUGCUACCGAAUGGCGACACGCAGUCCGGACUAAAAGUCCAUCCACCAUUGGUGGCGACAGGUUCCGCGCCGUAUACGGAUAACGUGGCGACAUUCGCCGGUACGGAUGCCAUGAAGCAACGUUUAUCCGUCAACUUAGGCGCACAACAACAUUCACCUGGGGAAUUUCGUCGCUCGCUUGGUGGCAAUUUCCAGAACCCUUUGUUCUCCAUUUCUGGAUUGCCAUUCACUUCCGAACCAUUUGCGUGUCCGGAGAGUUCGAGCGGUAUGGUUGGGAGUCGAGCCUGUCAGACGGUGAUCGAGCUACUGUGGCGAUUACACAAACUAAAAUAUUUUGUGCAGGAACUUGCCUGGCCCCAACCAGUGAAAGCGAAGGACCUGAGUGAGCGUAUUCGGGUGUUGUGCGCACAAAUGUUGAGAGAAGGAGUCAAACGAACACUAAUUGAACUGGAGUCAACAGUACGAAAAUGCAGCAAAAACACCGACCUGAUUCUACCGAUCGAAUGUUGUACAAUGCUCAACACCGUAACCGAACUACGGUCGCACCUAUUUUCGCUGUGCCAUUCUAUGGAUACAAGCAACUCUUUAGGUAGUCCCACUAAGGGGACGACACAGAAUGCUAACCAGUUACACAUAGAAACAGAGGAGUUUUUUGAAGGCGUUCACCGCAAUAUGCUUGUUAUUGUCGUGGACCAACUUGUGGCGGUACUGAAUGGAGUUCUCGGGAAGCUAACUCGCUUCGACGAAAACAAGUUACUUUCUUCGCUACUGAGCCUCACGGUGCUUGAAUUAGAUUAUCAGGUUGUCAACACUGCGUUUUGUAACCCCUCUGUUGCUAACGGAUUUACAAUUCAACAGAAACCAACGGACGAGGAGGGUCGAGCGUACUCAGUCUUCGUUCACAAUAACCUGCAACAAUUGAACGACAAUCUGGUGGACGAAGUUUCCCUCAUCUCGCUUUGUGAGAAUUGGUACAACCGACAAAUUCGCAUGCUCUAUGAAUGGCUUGUACAUCGCAAGAGUAUACUUCUGCAUCCAUAUCAAAUCAAAUGUCUUUCAGUCAUUGUAAAAAAAACAUUUUCGUACUUCGAACUGCAAGGGUUACCAAAAUCUGUACUCGAUACGAUAAUGUAUCAGACUGUCUCGCAUCGGCUACAGGUUGAUGAAACUACCCAAUGCGUCCGACAAGAGACUGGAUCGAUGCCGCCUUCUGGAAAAGGAAAGCGAAAGGUGCUCGACAACCUGAGUGGAGGGAUAUCAGCUUUAUCUGGAAGCGCUAUUUUUCGUCGUAACUGACCAUGAGACAGUGCACACAUUGAGAGACCUUCACUGUUGCCUUGAUGAGAAUUGAACUCCAUGUCUUUCAGCUCCCAUGUAGUCCAAUGUUCUUGCCCGGGAUCACCUCUUUCAAGCGAGAUUUAUACUCAACAUGUUCGCAG